AUGUGCGUUUUAUUGUAUUAAAUGAUGUCGGCCGCUGUCGGCAGAUUUGGGUAGAUCCCUAGCAGACAGUGCUUUUAUGUGAUGAGAAUAUUUUGGGUUAAAAAAAAUGUUCAGACAAUCACUAAGAUUUUGCACAGGAUUCUCGUUCAGCAAAGCAAAAGCUUUGCUGCAGCAUGAUGCUCGUUGGUUAGCAACAGAAUCAGCUAAUAUUAAGUGGGAUCUAAUGAGUGCUGUAUGUCUAGAAAGGCAUCCAAUCAUUUCUAAACCUCUAAAUGAAUUGGAAGCAAAAUAUCAGGCAAUGCUAAAUCAAAUUGAAUAUGAGAAUAGUAUGAAGUCGGACCAUGAAAUCAGAAUAGAAUUAGAAAAACAACUUUUACAAUCACAAAAUCAGCAAAACACUGAAAUUGACUUGGAUGUUGUCAUCAAACAGACUGCCCAAGACUUUGUCGAUGCUUCUGAAGAAGAAGUCAAGAACUUUAAAUUUGCACCUAAGAUAACUGAGGCUGAUGAGAAGAACGUUAAAACUUCUUUGAAACGCAAAUUGGACAAGAAUCUGGUAUUGCUUGUAGAGCAAAAUGUUGGUAACAAAACUUAUUGGAUCCCUCCUCAAGGUUUACGCAGUGAUGGAGAAACCUUACGACAAACUGCAGAGAGAGUGUUAUCAAAUAUUUGCGGACAAGGAUUAACUGUGCAGUUUUAUGGGAAUGCUCCAAUUGGAGUUUAUAAAUAUAGAUACCCAAAAGAUAUUAGAGACCAAGGCCUAUAUGGGGCUAAAAUUUUCUAUUUUUUAGCUAAAUACAUAAAUGGCAAUGUUGAAGAAACAGUAAAAUAUCAAUGGUUAGAUAAAGAGGAACUUCAGGCAAUUCUGCCACAAGGCAUACACAAGAGUAUGUCACAAUUUUUAAUUGCUGAUUAAUAAAAGAUUAGUUUAAAAAUGA